CAAAAAUUUUAACAUAAACAAUGGUACCAACUGCUGUCACCCAAAAUAUGUCAAGAAAAUUAAACGUUCAUAGAAAUCUGUAAAAAUGGAAAAAAUUUGGGUAAAGAAAACUCGAUGCUUUCCAAGCAUAAAGGUUAUUUAAUAAGGGAUAUCCUGAUUAUUUACCAUUUUGUUUUAAGUAUCGAUAAAGUCAAAAACGGCUGUACAAAAUACAGUGACUUACUGGUUUCUAGGUGUGUUUAUAAUUCUCAGAUGACAACUCGAUUCUGAAGUCUUGAAAAUACAUGCACAGACGUUUGAACUGCGUUGAACAGGCUAACAACGAAUGGGAACAUUUUCCAAAGCGAUGACAUCAAAAGGCGUUUACAGGAAAAUCUCCGGUGAUGACGAUGACGAAGUCAGUUUUACAUCUGCUCUUUUUUUUCGUUGGAUGAACGGAGUUCUUAAGCAGGGCAGUCAAAGACCUUUGAAACAAAAUGACUUUUUACCAUUGUCAGACGAGAACUCUAGCCGUUUUGUCACAGACAAGCUUCGGGCAAGCUGGGAAGGCAAGAAACAUCAUUGCAGGAUAAAUGGGAAAAGGCCCAGACUUUGGAAAAGCGUGUUUGAUAUGCUUUCUGUCAAAGAUGUCAUCAUCAUUUUGACGGGGAAUGUAUUGUAUACAACUUCUCGCCUUUUGUUUCCACUGUUUCUCGGGUAUCUUGUUUCUAUGCUUAUGUCAGCUAAGGCAGAAAAUACUUACCUGAUCUACGCCUGCGCAUUAGCUAUGUGUCUCAAUGGUUUGAUCGGUGGUCUUGGUAUGCACCAGCAAGACUACAGAUGUGAAGUGUUGGGGAUCAAAAUAGGCAGCGCCCUAAGGGGACUGGUGUACCACAAG